CUGCUUCUGCGGCUUGCUUUCAUCUCUGCCUUGCCUCCAAUCUUGGAGUCGACACACGCAGAGGGAUUUGAAGAGGGAGAAUAUAAAGGUUUUUGAUUGAAGGCGACGAUGGCUAGUCAAGGCGGUUCUUCGAAGAGAAGUUUGUCAUUGACGAACACAUCGUUGCAGGACAAGAAGAAACCCUUUGAUGCUAGUAACGGAGGCCCUUCAGAAAAUGGUGCAAGGGAAAUUCAGACAUUUGCCUGUUGUGGAGAAUGGAGAGGUCAUUGCUUUACUUGAUAUAGCAAAGUGUUUAUAUGAUGCCAUUGCUCGAAUGGAAAGAGCAGCUGAAAAGGGAAAGGCUAUUGCUGCUGCUGUGGAAGGUGUUGAAAAACAUUGGGGCACAUCUGGUUCUGUUUUUUGGUGCAGUUUUGGUGCAGUUGUGGUGUAAUUUUUGCUGCUGUUUUUUGUGCAGUUUUGU